UUUUGGGGUGCUUUACAAUGGCCGGUCGAGUUGGGCACUGUAUGUUAACCGGAUCGAUCUCGCAGAGACAAGCCGAGCGAAGCCGAAGGAAAUCAGUCGGGGGAAAUUGCCUUACAAAUGCAUAGUUUCUGAGCUGUACCACUCACUUUUACAAUUCAUAAUCAUGAGUGGAACGGUAGUAGAGGUGGUAGACAUGAAAGUGGAGGAGGAGGUUGAGGAGAUUGAGGACCCGAUAGAAGAGCCUAUAGAACUAGAAGAGCCUGUCAGCAAGAGAUCCCUUCGUCAAGACCCACGUACAUUGAACAAAGAUUAUGGUUAUAUGGAUCAAAUAAUGGAAAGACAGGGUAUAGACGAUCAGCUGAUAGAAGAAGUCAAGAAGAACCCUUGCAUUUAUGAUCCUGCACACAUGUAUGCCCGAGAUUCCUUCCUCAAAGAAACCACAUGGAGACAGAUUGCAUCAACCCUCAAUGUAGCCCCUGAAUAUUGCAAACUUCGAUGGAAGAGCCUGAGGGAUCGCUACGUGAAAACUCAGAAAGAGGAGAGAAGGAGGAGAGAGAGCGGCAUCCACAAGUUGUCCAAGCCGUACAGAUAUGCCAAACAGCUUGCUUUCCUGAGGAACUUCUCAAGAGGGAUCAACAACUAUGAUGAAAUGUCAGCUAUGAUUGCAUAUGGCAAUGGUGACGUUCCAAGUGAACAUCCUGAUUCGGGACAUGAGAUUGAAGAAGACGAGGGUAGCAGUGGAACUAUAGAACAGGGAUGGGCUGCGGCCGAGGGUUAUAUGUCCUCACCCUCUUCUUCUCAUCACACUAGCAAUGACCAUCACAUCACAAACAAUGUCAAGGAACAGAGCUCCCAUAAGAGAAAAACCUUGGCGAUACCUGCCAAUGAUUAUGUGAUGAACUACCUUGGCAUGGAAGGAGAAAAUGGCCCUCCCGCGAAACGGUCGGCGCAGUCGCAGCCUUCGCCCUCGACCUCCGAUGAUCGGGGUACACUGAACCACGCACCCUUGGUUGGGGAAGACCCGGAACAAUCCUAUGACGAAGUAUUUCAUUUCCUCGUGAGCCUUGCACCGGCCAUGAGGAGACUUUCAGCUCAAAAACAGUCCCUGGCAAGGAUUAAGAUUCAGACUGUACUCCAUGAACUUGAAUUUAGUUGAAUGUGAUCAAUAUUUUGACAGAUGUUACUAUGCUCUUCAAGCUGCGGUACAUAGACUUCAUUCGUUUGGAACUGACAAGAUCUACUACUAUACAGAAGAACGUAAAGCAUGGAUGUUUGAGAAGCAGACACAACGCUGUAUUUGAUCAACCACAUUAGCUCUUUGACAUCUCAGUUUCUUGUCAGCCUGUACUUGCCUUGUAUAUGAUUUCUUCAAAGACAACAACUCCUGUGACGCCUCAAUGGCAACAAUGUAGGGUAGUAUUGCUUCUGUUGAUUGACAGAUUUGAACAAUGCCCUUCUUGGCAAGAAUACCAGCUAGGUGAAGAAGAAACAUUCCAGUUGCCAUGGCACACCUAGCUUUUGGACCCUGAUGAACCAUUCAUGUUUAGAAAACCAACCUGUCAUUCCCUCUUCAGUCCACAUAGAUAGUGACAGAGAUAAUUCCUUUAAGAUUGCCUUUAAGGUUGCAUAAUUGACAGGACUUCAAGAUACUGAAACCUGAUGGUUAUCAUGGUCUGUCCCUUCCUUCUCAGUCCCUCCCCACUCAAAGAAUGACAGACAUGAUUCCUCAAGAAUUCCUGUGAGGUUGCAGAUUCUGCAAUCUCCAUUGUAGUCCAAACACUGAAUUCCAUAGUCAUUAGGGAGGUCCCAGCCAAUAAGAUAAGGUAAUUCCACUCCCUUGUCAUAAAUAGUUUUUUGUUAUACAUUCAUCCUUAUUUUUCUCUCAUGAGUUCAUUGACAAUUUGAAUUUUUCUUUGAAGUUGCAAUUCAUUAUUUUGAUUAAUUAUUCAUCAUUUCAAAUGUUGUGAACCCUGUAGACAAGAGUAUGUGUUUACUGGCCUAGCAUGACAUCCUUCAGAUACAGUGUGACAAAGCUCAUCAACAUUUUGUUUAUGGUGUUUACGAAUAUGGCAGGACAAAUCAUCUCACUAAUGAAAGUGCACUAUAUGAAUGAUCCAAAAUUGAACAAACAAACUCAUAUAAGAAUUCUUUUCUGAUGUCAUGGCUUAAUUCAAGAAUUAUGUUGAGUGAUAACUUGACAUUUUGUUGCCACUGUGGACUGAUAUUUGGCCAGCUGUUUCAUUUUUCCUUAAAUUUCUCAAUAAAAUUUGAUUAAAUCUGUUUUUCGGUUUGCCCUGCAACAAAAGAAAGUGGCUUUACCUCUGCAACAGGUUUUCUGUGACACCUCGUAUCCCAUUGAGCUUUGUAAACAACAAUGCCAAUGAGCUUUGUCUUGCAACAUUUGAAUGAGUCUUAACACUGACCUUGGAGCCCGUGACACCAAGGUGCAAUCAUCGUACAGUACAUUUUUCUACGAUUGAUUGCAUUGACUACAAUGUACAAUCAAUCAAGAAAAUCAAUUGUACGAUUAAUCGCUCACCUUUUGUGUUACAGAACACUGGAGAGCAUUUCAUAAACAUCUGCUAUCCAAUAAGUUGUCAGACUUGAAAACUUUCCUUGGUUUUUGAAUGGCUGAGGGGCACAAGUAUCCUACUGUUACCCUGAUAGCUGUCAAAUGAAAAAGCCUUUAUUAGAUAAAACAUCCAACACAUCCUUUCAUGAAAGGCUCUCACUGUUGGGUCAUGUGUUUGUAGCUAGACCGCUUUCCACCUAGUCUUGUCUGCAGGCUUCAUGAUGACGUACAAUCUUUAGGCAACUUGUCAAAAGUCUGCUGUGUCUACUAGCAGGAAUUAUGCUAUAUCGCACUCAUUCAAUGAACAAGGUUAUGAUAUAACCUUGUUCUCUGUUACUGCUCCCUUUGUUGUGAAAUAAGGCUGGCAAUGUCCGGCUUAUUUUCUCUUGUUCUUGGGACAAAUACUUGAUAUUUUUUACACUGUCAGUUUCCAUUACAGCUAUUCAUCAUAUAUAUAACUUGGCUCAUAAGUAAAUUGAAUUCUUUUAAUUAUUUUUUCUACAUUAAAAAUAGAGAUUGAAAAAUGACAAUUUUCUUGCAAUUUUACUUUCCACCAAUAGAGGGCGUGCAAAACAAUAUGCAAAAAAUUCAGUUAUUGAGCACUCUGGUGACUACAAAAAUGAUUCCCAAGUUACUAAUGAAAAAUAAAUUGCAACUGUAUGAAAAUAAGUAUUUUUGGUCACAAAAGUGAUAUUUUAUUGAUUUUUUUAAGUUUGUACUGCAUUGGCAUGUACCAUAGAUCUACAUGUAGAUUCCCCACAGGCAGGGUGGUUGCAGUGAGCAAGUGCUAUAUCGAUGCUAUGCAUUUUUUUCAAUGUCGCUUUCCUGCAGUCGCCAGUGUUAUGUCUAUGGUGACUGUGAUGAUUUGGAAUGAAAAGCUAUUUGCAGGGUUCCUACAGUAAAGAUGUGAAUCUGACUUUGACAAGUUGCCUUAUACAGUUUUGAUUUGUAAUUGAUUUUUUUAUCAUCUUUACCAUAUCUGCCAGUUGGUGUCUUACUAGAUAGUCUGUAUUUUAGAGAAUAGAGGACAGAAAUCUCAAACAUGAGUUUCUAAUAAUCUUAUCUUAGAAAUGAAAAGGAAAUUUUAGGAAUAUUAUUUUUUAUUUGUAUAAAAUUUUCACUAUCAAUUUGAGGCUGGCAGAUAUGCAGUUGACAUAAGUUUCUUUCAUUACAAAUUUGGUCAAUUUCAAAUCACAUUUUAAAAUUUUUUAUUGCAUUUCCAUCAGUGUUUUGGAUAUUUAUUGAGUUUUAUUCAUUGUUUGUGGUUUUGUUUUUCUUGUUUUGUUUGCUUAAUUUUAAUUGUUCAAGGUUCUUUACUAACUAGUUGGUGCUAAUAUUCUGCCAAACUGGAGAAUUAAUUUACUCAAUGCAAUUUUUAUGCCAAUAAUGAACACUUAUUUGCAGUUUUUUACCAAAAUCUUCAACUCUCCAUCUGCCUGUUGCAGAAAAGUCAACGAAAUACCGUUGGGUGUUUCAUGAAACAAUUUUCUGUGAUUUUCACUGAUAAAUUUGCUCUCGACCAAUCAAAUGCAAGGAUUUCAGUCGAUGAAAAUUGCUUACUGUUUGUUUCAUGAAAUAAUCUCCUAUUUUUCCAUUCAAAAACGUGGUUUGAAUCCAUGAACUACGUUAUUACUAGUGGGUGUGUCACAAAUAUUUAGAGGUCAAGUCCAUCCCAGAAAAUGUUUGAUCUGAAUGAAUAGAGAAAAAUUAAACUAGUGUAACAAUGAACAUUUCAUCAAAAUGGGAUGUAAAUUAAGAAAGUUAUGACAUUUUAAAGUUUCGCUUAUUUUUUACCAAACAGUGAUAUGCAAAACUCAGUGACAUGCAAAUGAGACAGUCGAUGAUGUCCCUCACUAUUUCUUUCGUUUUUUAUUGUUUGAAUUGUACAAUAUUUUAUUUUUUACACAUUUGACAAGGACCAACUUGAAUGAAUCACAAUAGUAUUAAACAAUGCUAAUUCCACAUAUUCAGGGAGGAAUUUAUCAUGGUUUCACUUGACAAAGAGGAGAAAAUUAGAAUAUUUCAUAUAAUAAAAUACAAAAGAAAUAGUGAGUGGAUGAUGUCAUCAGUCUCCUCAUUUGCAUACCAAACAGGAUGUGCAUAUAACUGUUUUGUGAAAUUAAGCGAAACUUUAAUAUGUCAUAACUUUCUUAUUUUACGUCCGUUUUGAUGAAAUUUUCAGUGUUAUGCUUCUUGGAUUUUUCUCUUAUUCAAAUCAACUUUUGUUGGCGUGGACUUGUCCUUUAAAUGCGACUUAAGAGCGUUCGCACUUAAAUUUCAGUAAUGCGGGAUACAUAACCCAUCACCGCAUUAGUCAGAUCAUGCGCACGGGACGUGCACUACCACAUAUCCAUCGAUCAGAUUAUGUGUUAUAUAACGCGUGCAUGUUGGCGUUUACGCAUGACCCUAAUGGGGUGUUGCAAGAAACUUGCCAUUGAUCGCAAGUCCAUUUCAGGUCUCAAAAUCAAUUGAAAGACAUGCAUUUCAUUGCCAAUUUGCAAUAGAUUGGUGGUCUGCUUCUUGCAUCGACAAAAUCAAUUGAAUUGCUUUAUUCAAAAUUGAUCUAUCUCUUGUAAAUGUGCUUCUGAAAUUUGCAGUUGAUUACAAAUAUUUUUUUUGCAACACCCCUUUGCAUGUACGUCACACUUUAAUUUUUGUGAAACGCCCCCCUGGUCCUAUAUGACUUCACUCACAAAUGGUGACCCUUUUUUAGAUUCAGAUUCAGAUACAGUUAAAAUCCAAUCUAUGUAGAUUAAAAUCCUAAUUUUUAACAAGAAUGGAAAGUCUUGAUACUUCCAAACUUCAAUUAAAACUUGAAAAAUGUGGGUUGCCGUAUUAAGCAUGAGAAACGGUCACCAGUAAUAAGCAGAGUAUGGCUUUCAAGUUCUUGAACAAGCUUGACAUCCCAAUGUGGCGGUGCUGUUGGUAAGCAAACCUUUCCAAGAGUUUUAUUUUUUAUACUUGUGUUAUUCUAAAAAUUUGUAAUAAAUUUAUAUAUAUGUACAUGUAUCUUUGUAGAAAAUAACACACAGAUAUCACCAUUAGCUGUGAGAACACAAUGCAUGACAUGUUUUAAAAAUCACAAGAUAAUCAAUGCUCCCAUAGGAAUUCUCAGAAUGAAUAGUAUUUUUCUCUGACCCAAGCUAUGCUUGGUUAAGCAAUAUGAUACAAACUAUUCCAAGUAAAUGAUUAACUGUAUCUCAAUAGUACCGAAGUGACAAUGUCACAAAAAAACUUUCUUCGCAUUUCAGCGUUUUUGAUACCAUAUCAUGGUAGAGCAUGAUGAAAAACCCCCACUACCAAAAUUUUGUAGGAAUAGGUGAUAGGUCAAUUGGGCCUUGGAUAUGACCUCAAGAAUACAUAAUUAGCCCCAUUGAAGUCAAUGUAUUCAUGAGGUCAUAUCUUGUGGUCCCAUGCACCGAUUCCUACCAAAUUUGGGUUGUGGGGUUUUUCAUCAUGCUCUACCAAUAUAUGGUUUAAAAUAUGCUGACGUGCAACAAUGGAAAAUUGUUGACGUCACACUUCUGUAAUCUGUGUUGCAAAGGAAUGGAAAAUGAAAUAUUUGAAAAAUUUGGCAACAUCCUGCUCUAUGAAUUCUGAAUUUAGUUGAAUUACAAUUAUAUGUGGCAGGUGUUUAUAAAGUUACAUUGUUUUAUUGAUCAAUGAUCAAGUUCCCAUACAAUGAGAUUCUCAGAUUUUAAUAUUGACUGAAAAUUAUGAAUUUGAGAUUGAAAUGUUGAAUUUUAUUGCAAUUUUCAUGGAUAUUUUAUAUUUUUCAUUCUUUUUAAAUAACUUAUUAUUAUAAUUAUAUUUCUUUAAUAACUGAUCACUUCAUUUCAUAGAGUCAUAAUGCACUAUGAACGAUUUUGAGCAAGUGUGAAAUAAGAGGUCAUUGCCACUACAUGUUUUGUCUAUUUUGCCCUAUCACAUGUAGCGAUGGUAAAAUACCUUUGUGACAUCACAAUGACCUUACAUUCAUGCACCAGCAGUAAAACAAGCAUCGACUGGAGAGCAUUUAAGAAGCGAAAGCCUUAAAUUAAAAAAAAAAAAUUCUUGUAUAGGAUUGUAAGUAGUGGUUCUUUCGUUUAUAAAACAUUACUUCUUGAUUUCAGGUGAUAGGUAAACUAUCACUUCCUCAAUCAAAUCACUUUUGUCAAAUCAAUCUCUGUUGAAUAUUUUUCUCUCUCUGAAAUAACGGCAAUUUUAAGGAUGAAUAUAUUCAAAUAACUGGAAUAAUGAUGAUGAUCCGGUAUUUAUGAGGCGUAAACGUAGUAACUCAUUGCUUUUCAGAUUAGUAUUACCCCAGUCAUCGGAUUCAGUCUGUCUUGCCUGCAUACAUUGUAUGCACAUUCUUCACUCCCUGGGUAGUAUUCCAGCCGGUUGUUGUGGGAGGCACUCAUCAUGCUGGGUUGAUACAAUGACUUGGCACCCUACUCCUUACCAGGUAACCAUUAGAAAUAAGUUAGAGUGGGCCCAGUUACAAAUAAAUGCAGUGCAAUUUGGCAUGGCUUUAUUUCUAUGGCAAGCAUUUUACAAUCAAUUGUAAAUAAGAAUUGUCUCUUUGUAUCAAAGGGCCCGGGAAGUUUGAGUAACCUGUGUCUUAUGGUUGGAAGCUUUAUCAGUGCAAGGUGUAAACAUUAUAACUUGCUUUAUUUUGUAUAUGAAUGUUUCGUGUAAAUAAUAUCUAUUCAUGUUAAAAAGGAAUUAAAAAAAUCA